UUACAUUCCUUGGUCGGAUGCGGAUGACGUCGACCACUUCCAGCUUCCGCGAUCGAUCGAUCCAGAGGAAUAAAUAAAUACAUGACAACCCCACACUCAGACUUCAGAUCCUCUUCAUUUAUUCUAUAAUCCAAGCCGAAGCUGAAGAAACAACCAACCAUGCCCUGGUCCGCCGCACUCCCUCAGGCGAUGUUCGCCCACCCUCUAGUCUCCAUCGUGACGCCCAUCGCGACGGGUUCUCUAAUCGGGUACCAAACCAACCGCAAAGGACGCACCAAACAAACCUACCACUCGCUCAAAAAACCCCCUCUCUACCCACCAACCUGGGCCUUCCCCGUCGUCUGGACCGUCCUGUACGGCAUGAUGGGUUUCGCCAUCCACCACGCAACAGUAUCAGGGACCAUAGCCAGCGUAUACCCCCCUUCAAUAUCGUCAUCAUCAAUAGUCCAAGACUGGACCGUCAAGUCCCAAACACUAUACAUCUCUCAACUGGCGUUGAAUCAUCUCUGGAUGCCGCUGUUCUUCAUGUUCCGGAAGCCGGCGUGGGCGUUGGCAGAUCUGCUGCUUCUGAGUGGGAAUGUGGCGGCGUUGAUGCAUAUCUGGUGGAAGCAUGACCGGGUGGCUUUUUGGUUGAUGACGCCGUAUGCGGCUUGGUUGGGGGUGGCGACGUAUUUGAAUGCUGGGGUGGGGAUUUUGAAUAAUUGGGUCAUUGGGGGUGAGAGGAGGAAGGAGGAGUGAUUUUGAUGGAUGGUCUAUGGAGUACUAUAUGUGUGUGUGUGUGUGUAUGUGUAUGUGUAUGUUUACGGGUGUUUUUGGCGUGGAUUGAAUUUGGGUGGAAUUUGUAAGAUAUAUAUGUUGGUUUGGGGAAAUAGUACUAUUGAUUUGGACCCGACUUGAAUGAAGUGCUGUUGUGCGCUCAGCUUCUAGCAGGUAGCAAAGAGGCCGUUGGUAAUGCAGCAGUUGUUUCACACAGUAUUAGUCCCCAUGUCUGUAUCCAAUCUGCAAUAUAGGACUGAAGUUGGGUGCCGCCUAUUUCUCCUAACCAG